AUGCCCGCAGCAAAGCCCCAAUAUACUCUCAGUGAGGAGCAAAAGCAACACUGGCUCAAACAUGGCUUCAUCAAAAUUCCUCAGUGCUUCACUCGUGAAGCAGCUGCGGAAUUCACCUCCUCAGUUUGGACUCGUCUAGGCGUCUCGCCCACUGACAAAUCAACCUGGGUGCAGGAGAAGGUGAACAUGCCGGGUCAUACCAUGAUCAGCGUCGAGGACUUUGCUCCCAAAGCUUGGCACGCCAUCUGCGAACUGGUUGGCGGAGCAGACCGAAUUGCUGACUGGUGCAAAGACUGGAAGGAUGGUUGGAUCGUGAAUAUGGGCAAGCCAGAAUACAGUCCGGAAGAUGAUUUGGAUCCUCGGUCUUUGGAUAAUUGGCACAAUGAUGGGGACUGGUUCAUUCAUUUCCUGGAUAGUCCUGAGCAAGCACUUUUGGUUAUUCCGCUGUUCAGCGAUAUUAAGUCGAAGGGAGGAGGGACGAUGAUCUGUACUGAUGGUAUUGGGCUGGUGGCUGAUCAUCUGUAUAACCACCCCGAGGGCACAUGGCCGUCCCUCACCUCUCGCAACGUCCCAAAUACCGUACCGAAAGAAACCCACUGUUGGAAGCGGUGGGGUUCUUCCUCAACAUAUACAAAUGAUGAGUCCUUCCACGAGGCUACUGGGGAGGUGGGAGAUGUCUUUCUUCUCCACCCAUUCAUGCUGCACUCCGCUUCUCGCAACUUGCGACGCGAUAUUCGCAUUAUUACCAACCCGCCGGUCGCCCUUAAGGAGCCCUUCAACUUCAACCGCGCAGAUGGCCAGUAUAGCCUGGUUGAGCAGAAGACUUUAAGAGAUCUGGGUAAGCCCAAGGGCCUACCUGAAUGGAAGAUUACAGGUCCGAGGGAGCUUAUUUCCCCGAACCGCAUAGAGAUACAAUCGAAAAUGGCCCGUGAAGAAUUGGAAAGGGUAGAAAAGUCAGGUGAACCUAUCACUAAACUGGCCGGUGUCAAGCCCGUGAAGUACUAUCCAUCAUGA